CGUACUGGUUACUGUUGACGGUUAUUAUUAGGUUUGUUGAGCUGUUACUCGUAUUCUGCUAAAUUAACUAGAUAUUAUGACACUGGAGUUGGUGAGUGACGUAGUUACAGUUUAUUAUCAAAUCAGGGGUCACGAUUUGGUAUUACGAACAUGAAACGUUAAAAAUAAAUUAAAGUAAAUAAACAAAUAACCGUUUGAAUGAAACUGCGUCGUCAUGUAUCCAGAGCCAACCGUUAACGGUUAUUUUACUUUGUAAUGGGGCGUUCAUGUAGUAUCGUACAGACCAACAACACGGACUAAGUAGCCUAUUUAACAGAAACGAGUGUUUUAGUAGCUACAAAGCAGUUUCACAAUUUCGUGGGGAACCCCCCCUUUAUUUAUAUAGUUAUCUAAACAGUUUUACAGUUAAGGCAGUGAAUUCAAAUGUGCUGUGGGCUAUAUGCUACAGUUCGUUUACAUUUGAUUUCACUUGAGAACAAACGUAUACCAAUAUUUGACAUGUUAAAAAAACAAACAUAGUAUAGUAGUAUAGUAUAGUAUAGUAUAGUAUAGUAUAGUAUAGUGCUUUUCCGUGUGGUCUCGCAACAGGAGUAUCAAUCUCCCAAGGUCCCGUUCUUCCAAUUCUGCCUCCUUGCCAUGAAUGUGUCACACCGUUUAUAUAACAGCAGGGAUUUGGGGCGCAAGAUUAGAGGCUGCAUGCACAUGCCAAUCACUAUUUACAAACACAAAUUUACAUACAUACAUAUUAUGGGGAAAUGUGUCGUUUGGUUUCUUCAAAAAUCCAAGAACGAUAACAGAAAUGUUUCAAAUAAAUGUCAGAAUGAUGUAAUUGUUGGCACAAUUGUUUAUAUACAAAUGUAAAUGUAACAAUAAAAAAGUUAUUUUGCUGUUUUCCUGUAGGAUGUUGAGCAAGAUAUGAAAUUUAUUUCUAAUUCGACUAACAAAAAGGCUAUCAAUACACUUAAUAUCGGUAUGUUUUACAAUAUUUUUGUCUAGUUUGGCAAUACCCCUGUCUUUUUUGGUUUUGUUCUAUUUGUAUUCUAUCCCCUGUAUACUCAAUCUGUAUUAUGUUAUUUUGUUUAAUUAAAAAAAUUAAAAUUAGAGGAUGCAUAUGCUCAAUCAGAGAGUCUCCCUCACUUACUCCUCCCUUGUUUUCAGUGAAGAGCUUUUGCCUGGGUUGCAUCAUUGGAGGUUUACUACAUGUUUAGUUCCUCUUAUUAGUUUAAACUAGUUUAUUAUGCGUUGCACUCUCUUCUCAGCUCAGAUGUCUACUUCUCAGAGUAUGCGUCUUCUCCACUGCUACUCAAAGCCUGGUACUACUAAAGCAGGCACAUUUGGAUUUGGUCCUGGUGUCAUCCGCCUAUUCAGUCUCAGUGUGCAGAGAGAGGGCUACAAGUAUGUAAAUGCUCAGGAGCUGCCAACAGACCUGAGGUCCAUCACUGAUCGGGCUGCCACAACCCUCCUGUGGACCGAACUCUUUAGAGGUUUGGCGAUGACCAUGAGUUACCUGUUCCGUGAACCUGCCACCAUCAACUACCCAUUUGAGAAGGGCCCUCUGUCACCCCGCUUCCGUGGAGAGCACGCCCUCCGCCGCUACCCUAAUGGAGAGGAGCGCUGCAUUGCCUGUAAACUGUGUGAGGCCGUCUGUCCUGCUCAGGCUAUUACCAUUGAAGCUGAGACUCGAGCGGAUGGCAGCAGGAGAACUACACGCUAUGACAUUGAUAUGACCAAAUGUAUCUACUGUGGCUUCUGCCAGGAAGCCUGUCCUGUUGAUGCCAUUGUUGAGGGCCCAAACUUCGAGUACUCCACAGAGACCCAUGAGGAGCUGCUGUACAACAAAGAGAAGCUGCUCAACAAUGGAGACCGAUGGGAGGCGGAGAUAGCAGCCAACAUACAAGCAGACUACCUGUACCGAUAGAUCUGUACACUGUCUGCAAAGACGUGCCAUGCAUGGAAAUUAUACAACCCCCUAUGCAUUAAAGAGAUUAUUUUGUAGCUUUAAAGAUAUUCCAGUGAGUUACAAAUGAGCCUUGCCGCCUCAGAUUCUGUUGCCAGGGCUGAGAAAAUAAUAUAAACACGCACAAAUCAUAUUUCUUGUGUUGUUAAAAUGGAUGAUAUUGCACUUUAUGUUGUUGACUUUAUAUUGUGUAAUCCAUGUAGGCUCUGCACACUAUGCUUGUGAUAGACAUUUGGCUGCUGCACUUUAUCUAAUGUUUCUGAAAGAGUAUAUUUAUAUAAUGUAAUUUAAGAUACUGAAAUAAAUCAUGUUUUAAAACUUGAAA